CGACUCACCUACAUAAUUAUUUACAAGAUGGACUAGUUUGGACUUGUAUUUAGCAUUGUGCAAUGUUAAAACACAUACCCAAUUAUAACAAGUUUGUUUUAGAGAUAACAAUCAUUCUAUAUUUAGAUAAAGAAUAUAAUUUACUCAUAUUUUGAAUGUUUUUUUUUGCCAAAUAUACCUAGAGAAUGAUAUAUUUCCACUAGAUCAUAGUUUAAAAAUGAGAGACCUAAAUAAAAAACCGAAGUUCAGCCGCACAAAUUUACACUGCAUUUGAUUGCAGUAAUAUUUAUAUACACACAGCUGCAUCGCGUGGGAGAUGAUCAUAAAGGGGGUGUUCCGGAGAGGCAAAAGGUGGGACCCGGUCCGCCCCAUGUACGGAUCCUUCUGGGGCGUUGGAAUCGGGAUCGGGUGCGGAGUCGGAUGGGGACCCGGAUUCGGCCCGGAGGUGGUUGGCUAUGUUGGAUCCGGAUGCGGCGCUGGGUUCAGUAUCGGCAUCACUCUGGCCGGUUUCGGGAUCGGCCUUCCCGCCAAUUCCUUCUUCACCAAUGGAGUUUCUGGAUCAAGCAGACUAAGGAGUAUUUCCGAGUUGCAACAGAAAAUAGGAAGGACUUUUGGUAGUAUAAUGGUGAAAGAUUAUAUGAAGAAUACCAUAGAUUUCUCAGGCUUGAAAAGCAAAGGACUGUGGCUUACAAAAAGGCUUUUGGAUGGAAAGGAAGGAAGAAGGUGAAAUCAAAUGUAUGGAGAGCGGGUAGGGAGAAUUAGGGGUGUUCAUCGGUCCAGGACCGGACCGAACCGGACCGAAGACCGAAAUGAGAAAAAAUAAAGACCGAAGACCGGAUCUAUAAGAAAUCGGUCUUGGACCGGUCCGGACCGAAAUUCUUAGGACCGAACCGGUAGGACCGAAAAGACCGAAUUUUUUUUAAGUUUUUACGGUUGAAUAUUUAAAUAUUGUAUAAGGAAAACACCACGGUUGACAAAGAUGCAUGGAAUCAUAAACCUAAGCAAAGAUGCAUAAAAAAAGAAAUUUGCAGCAUCCAU